AUGGCUCCCAAGUCGAGGUUCACGAGGCUGGAUGCCUUCACGAAGACGGUCGAUGAGGCUCGAAUUCGCACGACUAGCGGCGGUAUUGUUACGAUUGUGUCCAUUAUCGUUGUCCUGUUUCUGGCUUGGGGUGAAUGGGCAGACUAUCGCCGGGUGGUAGUACAGCCGGAGCUGGUUGUAGACAAGGGAAGAGGCGAACGAAUGGAGAUCCAUCUGAACAUGACGUUUCCUCAUCUGCCUUGCCAGCUCUUGACGCUCGAUGUCAUGGAUGUCUCAGGUGAACAGCAGCAUGGUGUUAAGCACGGUGUCCAGAAAGUCCGUCUCGAGUCUGAGGCCAAGGGCGGCGGUGUGAUCGAUGUGCGCGCUCUUGCCCUCCACGAUGAAAGUGCUGAUCAUUUGGACCCCGACUAUUGUGGUGACUGCUAUGGUGCCGGAGCCCCGGCGACUGCGUCCAAGCAAGGAUGCUGCAAUACCUGCGACGAAGUUAGAGAGGCUUAUGCGCAAGCGAACUGGGCUUUCGGCAGAGGCGAGAACGUCGAGCAGUGUGAGCGUGAGCACUAUGGCGAGAGGCUGGAUGCUGAGAGAGAGGAGGGCUGCCGUAUUGAGGGCAACAUCCAGGUGAACAAGGUUGUUGGAAACUUCCACUUUGCUCCCGGCCGCAGCUUCAGCAACGGAAACAUGCAUGUGCAUGAUGUCAAGACCUAUUUCGAGGUGCCCAACGACAAGGUCAAGCACGACUUCAGCCACCGAAUCCAUUCCCUCCGCUUUGGCCCCCAGCUCCCCGAGUCUCUCUCCAAGAAGCUGGGCCGUGCCGAGCUCCCCUGGACCAACCAUCACCUCAACCCGCUUGACGGAACUCGCCAGGACACUCAGGACCCCAACUUCAACUACAUGUACUUUGUAAAGAUUGUGCCUACAUCAUAUCUUCCCCUCGGCUGGCGAAAGAACAUCCGCCGAGUUGCUGAUAUGUUGAACGACUCUCCUGACCUUGGUACUCUUGGCCAAGCUGCUGAUGGCAGCCUUGAGACACACCAGUACUCGGUCACCAGCCACAAGCGAAGCUUGUCUGAGGCUGAUGAUUCGGCCGAGGGACACCCUGAGCGACUGCAUACCCGUGGCGGAAUUCCUGGCGUCUUUUUCUCUUAUGACAUUUCUCCCAUGAAGGUCAUUAACAGAGAGGAACAGAGCAAGACAUUCCUUGGUUUCUUGGCUGGUCUCAGCGCUAUCGUUGGUGGAACUUUGACCGUGGCCGCUGCCAUUGACAGGGGUCUCUUUGAGGGCACAACGAGGCUCAAGAAGAUGCGAUCCAAGGACCUAUAA